AAAUAUAACCUUUAAAUGUCCAAUGAUUAUUAAUUUUAUUAUUACAGUGUACGCUAUUUAUUAUAUAAUUAUAAAUUAUUUAACGUAAUUAUUAUGUACAGAAGAACUGUAGGCCUUUUUGCCAAAAGAAUAAUUAGCAAAAAUGUUAGAAGUUUUUCUGCAGUUAAACCUGCAAUUCAAGAGGAAUGUCCUUCCUACCUAGAGUUAUCAGAGGCAUUCAGUAAUCACGACAAAAUAAAAACUGAUUUUGUAAAUAGUAUGAUAAUACACAAGGACUUUCUUAGUGAGGUAGAGGAGAAGAGUCUUUUAGAUCAAGUUGAACCCCGUUUAAAGACCUUACGCUAUCAAUUUGACCACUGGGAUGACGCAAUUCAUGGAUACAGAGAAACAGAAAUAUUGCAUUGGAAUGAAGCAAAUACACAAAUUUUAAGUAGAGUUCGACAAGUUGCCUUUCCUCCUGGGGUUCCCCAGCUAGAUACUGUACACAUAUUAGAUUUAGACGAGAAAGGGGUGAUAAAACCGCACAUUGACUCUGUCAGAUUUUGUGGGAAUACCAUAGCAGGUCUAAGUCUUCUUACAGAAAGUGUAAUGAAACUUGUGCACGAAAAAUAUAAAGAUUUGAUCGCAAAGGUCCAUUUAACGCGACGAUCCCUGUAUAUUAUGAAAGACUCCGCGAGAUACGAUUAUAAACACGAACUUUUAAAGAACUCCGAAAGUAUUUUUAAAAAUAGCCCUGUGAUAAAAACACGAAGAAUUUCGAUUAUAUGUAGAAACGAGCCUGAUAAAGAGAUGAAAAACUAAGUUGAUCAAUAAAUAUCUGCAUCAUUUGUUAUAUUUCAAAUUGUUUUUCUUUUAUUGUUCUCUCCUAAAGAUUUUAUUUACCUCCAUCGUUAUUAAUUGACCUUUUUAAGUAUACCGACCGACGUUUCCGGAUUACUCAUCAGCUUCCGGUCAAUAGACGACAGGUAAUUAACAACACAGACUGUAUACGUGGUCUCAUCAAAAAGUUACGUGACUUCCUGCUCUACGUCCCGUAUUAAUAUCUAAUAAUAAUAAAAAGAGAUUGUUGUUAAGGUUCUGUAUCAGAAAUGAUAAACAGGAGCCUUCAUAAUUACCCAUUUUUGCCUGUCUGCGUGUCUGUAUGUUACAGUUUAUUGUCUCAACGAUUACCAAUUACCAGUUGGCACAGUUGUAAUAAUUAUAUUCGAACAAUACAGUUCUUGAUUUAUAAC